ACUACAGAAAGGCCAAACAAGAUACCGUUAUCACUUGAAGAGAACAGCCAAAAGCAGAGCAAUCCUUCAAAUCUCCUCACCUUCCCAAAACUUUACUCUCUCUCUCUACACUUUUUCCAGUUUUCCUUCACCAUUAAGUCCUCUCCUCUUCUUGUUCUCUUAUAACACAAAACCAACUCAACAACAUUGCCUCCCUCUCUUCUUCUUCUUUCUUUCUUUCUUCUUCAAUGGCUGAUGCAAAAUAUUACACCAAACAGCAACUACCAAACCAAGCAAACCCAAGUAAGUUCUACUCUCAUUUUCUCUACAAAGCCCUACUGGUCCUAGUUUUCUUUGUUAUACUACCACUUUUUUCUUCUCAAGCUCCUGAAUUCCUCAACCAAACUCUCCACACUAGAGGUUGGGAGCUUCUCCACCUUAUUUUUGUCGGUAUAGCCGUCUCUUACGGGCUAUUCAGCCACCGAUAUGAUGAGACAGAGAAGGAACAGAACAAUCAUAAUUACGCAAAGUUUGAUAAUGCACAUUCAAUGGUGUCUAGAUUUCUUCAAGUAUCAUCUGUUUUUGAUGAUGAGGGGGAAACAACAUCUGGGUCCGAUGAGAACAAGAUCCAAACUUGGAGUAGUAAGUAUUAUAGAAAUGAAUCCUCUGUUGUUGUAGCUCAAGACCACUCUGUUCUUGGAGAACAGAGAGGUUCAAGUUCAAGAAUUGGGGAGAAGCCAUUGCUUCUGCCAGUUAGAAGCUUGAAAACUCCGGUUUUCGAUCCGGGUUUUGUUGAAUCUAGCAAAGAAAGUAGUGCAAUCUCUAAGUCUCCUAGUAGGUCGAGUUCGAAUUCGGGUUCUAAAAGGUUUUCUAGCAGCACAAGCAAACCCAAAAUUGGGGUAUUAGAAGGAUUAGAUCAUGGGAAUUUGGAGGAGAAUGUUGUGCUUCCUUCACCGAUUCCAUGGCGAUCAAGGUCGGGGAGGAUGGAAAUGAAAGAAGAAGUUGAUAGUACUAAUCCAUCAAUGGAAGAACAUGAACUCAAUAGGGUUGAAUCCAGGUCUCUAAAGCGUCAAUCAUCUCGUCUUUCUCGACCCAACUCUUCAUCUUCUUCACCAAAGAUGUCCCCAAAAAAGUUGUCUCCUUCAGCUUCGUUAUCAUUGGAAUCACAAGCUAAGAAUGCAGAGGAUUUAGUGAGGAAGAAAAGCUUUCAUGUCUCUUCUCCCCCGCCUCCGCCACCACCACCUCCACCUCCAGCAAUUCGCAGAUCAUCUUCUUUGAAACCAAACACUACAAGCGAGCCUAAGUUGAUGAGCAGAGAAGAUUCAGGAGCGGGAAUGAAGCCAAGAAGGUCUGUUAGAACCAUCCGAGACAUCGAAGAUAAAAUCAAUGGCAACGCGGAGGAUAGAUCAAAGGAAUUCGACGAAAGCCUUGGAGAUGUCAAUCACAGCUUCCGGGGAUAUGCAGAGGAAGAGAAAGAAGGGUUUGAUGACAAGGUGAUCAUGGAGUCCGACGGAGAAUCGGAGAGUGAUAACGAUGAAAAUGAAGCAAGUAGUCAUGUUUCAGGUAAUACAAGAAGCUCAAACAAUGAAGAAGAAGCAGGAGUUUCAAGCAGCAAUGUUAGUGAUGGAGGACCAGAUGUUGACAAGAAGGCUGAUGAGUUCAUAGCCAAAUUCAGAGAGCAAAUCAGGCUUCAGAGAAUAAACUCCAUAAGGAGAUCCAGUGCAGAGAUUAGUAGUAAAAAACCCUAAAACUCAUCAAGGUAAAAUACAUGGAGAUGGUGAACUUGGGGUUUGGUAUUAUUUGCUUUUCUUGGUUAUGCUUUUGGCAUCAAAAGACUUUUUCUUUUUCUUGCCAAAUUUGAGAUUAUGUAUGUAUACAGAUAAUAGUAUGACUAACCAGCAAUUUUGCAUUGUUGGUUUCUAUAUUAACUUUUAAAUUAUUGUAAUGUCAUAAACAUCCAAGAAUUCUCCUCUGCAUGCCAACUUAAAAUGCGAACCAAUGUUUUCACUAUUGAUUUAGAACAUGUGAAAU